AUGAUCAUCCGUGAGUGCGUCUAUGAAGUCGUAGAGACGGAUCAGGGACAGGCUCUGAUUGCUGAAUGUGUUGGAAGUCAGAAAGUUGUGGCGAUUUAUCUUCUUGAUGAUGAUCUAGACGAUCAGAUGGAGGAACUUCAUGACGCCUAUCCCACAGUUAACUUCAUUCCAGGAAAACCAACACAAAGCUCCGGUAUUGUGCAAGCUCUGAAUACACUUGAUUCAACGAUCAAAGUCAAUGCGGUACACAAAGGAGACACGGCUUUCGGAAUGCAAGUUUACAGCGCCAUUCAAAAAAUCCCAAAAGGAGAAACUCGCUCAUAUUCAGAUAUUGCUCGAGAAAUCGGGAAUCCGUCGGCGGUGAGAGCUGUUGCCUCGGCAUGUGCUCGCAACAACUUGGCCUACAUUGUUCCGUGUCAUCGUGUGAUCGGCAGCACUGGAAAUCUAUCAGGAUAUCGUUGGGGAAUCGCGAAGAAGCGUCGCCUAUUGCAGGCAGAAGGCGCUGAACUCAGAUUUUCAGUUAUGUAAAUGCACUUCUUUUUGUUUUGAAGUAGUACUGUAGAUAUGCUUUUUUUUUCAAGUCAUCUGUGUGAUUCCUGUUCAUAACAAAUGAUCUCCCCUGCUGAUAAUUCAAAAUGUUUUAUUAAUUCACUAUUGAAACAAACAAAUAUUAUGCAACUCGAACAUGAGAAGACUUCAUUACUCGUGUUGCAGCAUCAAUCGAGGUAUUUUCAACGCUGAAGAGUCGAGAAAGUCCAUAAAGUCGGAUGAAUGCU